AUGGCGACCGGCGACAGCACCAUCACAGCGCGGAUCAUCGGCGCCACAUCGCUAGUAGCGCGGCGACUGGCGGCGGCCGACGGCGAUGAAGAAGCCGAUGAUGGAGAAGCUUCGGCGAAAAUUAAUGACUCACUGCUCUAUCUCAAAGAGUUUCUUCUCAACGUAUCACCACAACAGAGGUACCAAUCAAUCGAUAUAUCGAUCCACGUCGUGGCCAACCACCAAGCUGCAGUUUACCGAAGUGGACGGGAGGAAGGUUUUGCACGAGGAUUCGCCCAUGCUUCCCAGGCCGUGUUUAAUUACUUGCAAAUGGCCAUGCCGCAUGAUUUCAACCCACAAGCACAGCAAUUUCAUCUCGGACUUGUGCAUCAUUUGAAUGCUGUGAUGCCUUCCCGAACGGGAACCGCUUGCCAACCAAUUCCCGAUCCUCCAAAAUGGUCACCAGGGACGCCGCCUGCUUCAGACAUUUCUUCAAGUGAAUCACCGGAACCAACUGGCUCACCAAGCCAAACCACUCGACCGAAAGAGGCGCGUGGAGAGCGUAGACCUCAUCUUACUCGAGAGGAUGAUUCGUGUCAGGAACCACCAUCAAAGAAAGUCUGGCAACCAUGGCAAUGA